CCACCCUCCCCCUUUGUAGCGAAUGUGCCGAACGAGCGCCCGCUCCCGCGCAGUUGAGUGCGUUGCCGGCGCCAAGGGAGACACGGAGGGGGCGGGACAGUACCGUCGUUAGCGACGGGUGUGACCCGCGGCCCGGAGCUGGGAUGGCGCGGCCGGUGAGAAGGAGCAAGAAAACUGUUGAUUAUUCUCAGUUUGGAGAUUUAGAAGAUGACGAUGAAGACUUCGCAUGUAUAGGUGCACCUUCAAGCAAAAAAUCCAGAACACAGCUCAAGGAACCAAAGGAAAAGAAGGAAAAGCAAAAAAAGCCACAGAAAGAAUUGACUCCACCACCAAAACAGACACCGAGUAAAAGGAUAUCUUUGGAUGACAAACUUUAUCAAAGAGAUUUGGAAGUUGCCUUAGCCUUAUCCAUCAAACAAAAGUCUGCAAAUAUCGCUGAGGUGCAACAGUCAGAACAAGGUAAGGAUUUUGAAUUGGAAAAUGUACAAAGGAGACCCCUUUUUUCCAACUGCAGUGUAGACAGUGAAUUUUUAGGUCUCAAUCAAGUUAUGGAUGAUGAUGUACCUAGGGCCGAUGGUGUACAAAGGACAGCAGCAUCUCACGUUCCUGCACAUCCAGAGAAGCUACUGACUGUUGACAGUGAUGACAGAGAGCAUGCUACUGACUCUGAGCCAGAGUGUGUACCCAGUGAGGAGGAGUCAGAAGAAGGUUCAGAUUAUAGUGAAGAUGAUGAUGAAGACUUUGCUAUGGAAAAGAAAAAAGCCAAAGGAAAUAAAAAGAAAACCAGACAAAAGAUGCCAGUGGAAAGAGAGAAGAAAACUCCCAAAUCCAAGAUUAAUAUUACAGUAUCAGCUGCAGUUUCUCCUUUUGGGAGAACAGAACAAAAAUCUGAGCAAACACAAAAGAUGAUGUCCAGUUCUUCAGGCCCAGUUGGAAGGCCUCUACAUACAUCGAGUCCUGUAACAGAUAAGAAGCCUAAAUGGAUACCACCAGCUGCAUCAGGAAGCAGUAAUAACUCUAUGAGAUGUGUUUCUCUUAAGUCACCUACUCCGUGUCUUAGACUCGGCCUCUCCAGACUAGCAAGAGUCAAACCACUGCAUCCCAGUGCUGCCAGCAGUUAAGUGGUCAGUGACAAGGUGGCAUGUGACAGAAAAGACUGGAAAGUGUUUUGCUUAUAAAUAAGCAAAAGCUUCAUGGCAUCAACUGUGUUGGAGGACUGUUGUAUGUGUCUUAUAAUGAUUUUUUAUUCUGCAAAAUGCUGGGCAUCCUUAUGUGCUACUAAAUAAUAAUACUAUUUAAUCAAGGUGACAUCUGGGUCACCAGCUCUUUCAUGGAUUAUAUUCUGAGAUGUGGGUUUGUGGUAAUUUUAAUUCUCUGAUUCUAAACUCUUGGCAUUAAAAUAGUCUACACAGCACUAUGUCAGUUAUAGAAUGUGAUAUCUUAACAGAGUGAAAGUCACAGUUUGAAAAAUAUUACUUGGAAGAGUUGCCACUUUCCACCCCCUUCUUGGGAAGUUUGUCACCACUCUCAAAAUCUGUUAAUGUUUGCCUAUCUUGUAUGUGGAUGUUAAUUAUUUUGAAUGUAUUAUAAAUGGGAUGUUUCUUAGAAUGUUGUAUUUUUUAAUAAAAUAAAAUUCUUUA